AUGAGCGAGCUUCGCGCCCGCUCUACGGGCAAGGAGAAAGCCCAGGCUUCCAAAAAUGACCAGCCGGUGAAGUCGCAGGCGAAGAAGCACUUCAUCAAGAAGGCUCCUGAACCCGCCAAGUCGGGGGAGUCUUCGACCUUCCUGCCUGGCAUGAAGUUUGGCGUAAUCGACAUCAAAGAGCAUGUUCCCACCGGCGGUCGCGUCCAUCUCGAGGCCGAUGAGGAGAGGCGGGACGCUAUUCGCGAUGCCUUCCAGUGGAGCUGGGACGCUUAUGAACGCUGCGCGUUCGGAACGGACGAGCUGCACCCGAUCAGCUGUGGCGGUUACAACCUUUCCGAGACCGGCCCUAUCGGCUACACCAUCGUUGACUCUCUGGACACGCUUCUGGUCAUGAAUUUCACAGAGGAGUACCACCGCGCUGCGGACUGGUGCAAGAAGAACCUCGACUUUGACCGCGACUCUACCUUCAACACAUUCGAGACGACCAUUCGCGUGCUUGGUGGUCUGCUCGCUGCGCACUACCUGACGUCAAUCAGCGACGACCCCAAGAUUGCCGCCGACGCCCCGUUCUACCUCGAAAAGGCAACCGACCUCGGCGAACGCAUCCUUCCCGCCUUUGACAGCCCCUCCGGUAUUCCCUACUCUGGCGUGAACCUGCACACCCGCACCGGCGUUCCGGACCGCGACAACAAUGGCCUCUCUUCCCUCGCUGAAGCGACCACCCUGCAGCUCGAGUUCAAGUACCUGUCGUACCUGACCGGCGACCCGAUCUACUGGCGCAAGGCUGAGCGUGUCAUGGACGUCGUGCGCCAGGGCGCCACGAACGGCAUCGCACCCAUCUUCAUCAACCCCCAGAACGGCGCUUUCGUCGCGAGCGACAUUCGUCUCGGUUCUCGUGGAGACUCGUACUACGAGUACCUCAUCAAGCAGUACCUGCAGACGAACCGCGAGGAGAGCGUGUACCGCGACAUGUACGACCACGCCAUGGACGCGAUCAAGACCCAUCUCAUGACUCGCAGCAAGAAGAGCAACCUCCUCUACACGCACGAGUUCACUCCCGCCCGUCACCCGGAGACUGGCACGCAAUCCUGGGCUAUCGAGCCGAAGCAGGACCACCUUGUGUGCUUCCUCGCCGGUUCGUUCCUCCUCGGCGUGACCGAGGGAGGCAAGCGCGAGCUCGACUGGAAGAACUUGGACCAGGUCGACCAGGAGGACUACAUGGCCGGCACGGGUCUGAUGGAGACCUGCGUGGACACGUACAACACGCCGACAGGCCUCGGCGCCGAGAUCGUUAUGUUCCGUAUGCGUGAGGACCCGCUCGCAGACGAGGAGGACUGGUACAUCAAGUCGGGCAAGAAUCUGAUCGACUCGCGCAACAUUCUCCGCCCCGAGACGGUCGAGAGUCUCUUCCUCGCAUACCGCCUGACAGGCGACGAGCGCUACCGGGACUACGGGUGGAAAAUCUUCCAGGCGUUUGAGAAGCACUGCAAGGUCGACACGGGCGGUUACGCCAACAUUCGCGACGUGCGCGAGGUCCCUGCGGAGAAGGAGGACAGGAUGGAGACGUUCUGGCUCAGCGAGACCCUCAAAUACCUUUACCUCCUGUUUGAUGACUCGGACCACAUCGCCCUCGACAAGCACGUCUUCAACACCGAGGCCCACAUCUUCCCCGUCUUCAACCCGAAGCAGUUCCUGACGCCGUUCGCGACCUCGUAG